AUGAAUCGUCGGGAUGCGGCUAUACUUCGCAAAGUGCAAAUCGAUGACGGAACGUUGGAGGACAAGCGGUUUCCAAGAAUUGUCGCCCAACUGAAAACGCUGAGAACGGCUGAAGAUAUAACUACAGUGGCCGCGGAGAAUGCUCUAAAAGAGAUUGACAAUCUCACGGUGUUCAUGCGUAAACAAGCGUUGGUUGCCAAAGUCUGCUUCAAGGAGAUACAGAAUUACAAGGAGCUUCUUCAAGCUGUCGAUGAUCAGAUUGCGGAAAGCAAACAAGCCAUGAAAGAAGCACAGGUGCGGUUAGGAGAGGCUCGUGUGAUCCGGAAGAACAAGCAAGAAUAUGACGCCCUUGGCCAGAAGGUUGAAGAGCUCCCGAGUAGGGCAGAGACCAACAAGAAGCUAGAUGACAUCAACGCAGAGCUGGAGAGACUACGCUUGCGACAGGAUCUUUUGCAAAGCAAGUUGGAAGAACGGCGCACUCAACUUCUAAAUCUGGACGAGAUGCUCAAGACGAUGCAGUCAUUUUUGGAAGAGGACGACGAGGCGCUGUUCGGCAAGAGUGGCGGCGGGGACGAGAAGGAUGAUCACGAGGAGAGCCAAGAGAAGAAUGAGAAGGAAGACACCGCCGAGCCGGAAGCAGCCCCAGCAGAAGAAAUUAUGGAACCA